AUGACGGCGUGCGGCAGUCACAAGUCGAACUUGUCGCGUUUCUGGGUCAGGGAUGAACAACAGCUUUUGGGACAACUGCGGCCGCUACCGUCAAUACGACAGUUCAAUUGGUGGGAUCUUUUACAUAGAAGAAUCAGGAUCAGGUAAUAAAAGUAUAGCGAGCGUAUAAAUAAAUAUGGAUCAGGACGCUAUAAUAAUAUGUUCAUCGUCAUACUUUACUCACAUUACUUUGAUGGUUCGUCUUCGCUGAUGACCUUCUUACUAGAGUAUAAUCUUCCCUAGUCAGCGCUAACCACGUCCUCCAUGCGUCCCGGUCUCUGGCGACGAUCAUCCAAGACGUCCAUGACGGCUGAUGUUCUUCUCGAAGUUUCAAAAUGAUUCUAGAAAAUAUUAGAAAAUUUGGACAGAAAAAACUAGUCUCCUUCUGUGACCUUGAAAAUUGUUUUAUAGUCUUAGUUUUUUGAGGUGUCUAUCUUUGAACGUUGAUCUGUUUCACUUAAUACCUUUUCAAUAUUUUCGAAAAUCAUCAUUUUCUUCUUCGCGAUAUAUGCCUAGAAAAAGACUUUUAUGUUGCUAAAACAAAAAACGUUUGCUACACUUUCCGAGCCUUAACUUUGCCUAACCAGGGAACGUUUUUUACCCCCCGGUUGAACUUUUGCUGAAACUUUGCUGAAGUGUACUUUGAGACCCCCUGAUUGCAGAUCAAGAAGAAAAUUUCUCGCAAUAGAUCUUGUUUCCGAGUUAUGGAGCUUCAAAGUGUGCAAAAUACGCUAAUUAGGCCAAAAAAGCGCUAUUUCGGGCUUUUGAAGCUCCAUAACUCGAAAACGAGAUCUAUUGCGAGAAAUUUUCUUCCUGUUCUGGAAUCAGGGGGUCCUAAAGUACACUUCGGCAAAGUUUCAGCAAAAGUUCAACCGGGGGGUAAAAAACGUUCCCUAAUAAGAAUGAUCUGCCGAAGCCCAUAGAUAUUAUUAGGAGGUUCAAGUGAAGAUCGGAACGUGUCACCCUCAUGACAAUGCGGACCAAAAAAGCGGAAAGACGCGCUCCAUACCGAGGAAACACAAUCCCGCCGCCUCAUUUGUUAUGUCUAAUCCAUUUCCCACCUUUCUUCCAGCAGCCAACACGGCUCUUCUAAGCUUUUUACUUUUUCAACUUUUUCUCUUUUAUCCAUUUUGGCCCAUAUGACAAAUUUCACGAAAAAAAAGGCCGUUCUCCAAGGGAAUCAAAUAAAGAACAAAACAAAUUUUUUGUAGAAAUUUACCAGUUUCAAACUGGAAAAUUCGACCUCGGAAAAAUUUUCUAGCUCUUUUUUUAUUUCUUCUUAAACCGUCUUGGAACACCUUUUCGGAAUUGUAUAAGUGAGCGCUCAGAAUCGCCAUUAGGAAUUAUCCGUGAAUAUAAAAAAAAAACAAUUGCAAACCCAAUGAGUUAAUUUGAUUAUACGAAGCUUUUUGAUAUGUGAAUAAGCGAAAAUAACAAACACAUUUUUUUAAUUUCGAUAAAAAAAAUGUUCAAGCAUUUCAUUCUUUCACGAGUUAUUUUAUUAUUCACAAUCCUUUGUUACAAAAAAACUGAGAAUCAUUCGGUUUAACUAUUUUUCUCAGCUGGGCGUCGUUGUUCAAGAUUAGGGAUUUACGACGCAAAAACAAGUUGUUCAAAAUCUUCAAUUUGGCUUUCGAAGGCUUCAAAUCUUGGGCAGGACCCAAGUUUGAUUUUUUUCAGGCGGUAAGUCUAUUUAAAAACCUCCGCUUUUUUUUUUGAAUGAUAAGUUCAAAACUAGGACAGGAUUAAAAAAAGUAUAUAUAGUUUUAUUUUUUGAAAAAAUUUAUAUAUUAAACUCUCAAAGGAAAAUGAAAACUUCUGUCACCUUUUUAGGAACUCAAAAAGAAGCUUUAGGCUCUUCUUUUCAAGGCCUUUUUGAGGUCGUUUGAACUUUGCCUGUGCCUGUGAGUGGGCGGUCUUGACGGACCUGAUAUUACUGUAGAACAUACGAGUGCAGGAUCAUGUGGGACGAAUGCACGCCCUUCUGCCGUCAGCAAAAGAAGAGUCCAAACGAACGGACCGAAGACGUCAGACUCAUCAGGAGCGCCGCUGAUGCGCGACGCCUACCCCCACAAAUCCAAUUUAUUCGCGACGCCUCGUCGUCCUCUCUGUUUGCCCUUCGCCAAUUACCUCGAGAACCCCUCCUUGUAAUUCCUGGCGUCGUCCAAACAUUGUAUCUUCUUUUUUAA